UUUCCAGUGAAUUACAGAGAGCGAGCGUUGUAUCAUAUAUAAGGAGAUAUAGAUAGCAACUUUAGUCUUUCACUCACGGAGUGCUUUACCAUGCGGAUUGUUCAGCGAAUCGCCGCCGUAUUAACAGUUAUUUGUGUAUAUAUUGAUUCUGGAUACGCACAGAGAAGCAAUGUCUGCGGAUUGGAGAGAUUUCGAUGCCGCAAUGGAGAAUGUAUAGCGGGCGAAUUAUUAUGCGAUGGUACAGCACAUUGCAGGGACUCAUCGGAUGAAACAGUGACCGAGUGCACAAAACCAGAGAUUCUGUGUCCUGCGUAUGCCUUUCGGUGUAAUUAUGGUGCGUGUAUAAAUGGAGAUUCCGUGUGCAAUGGCAUUCAGGACUGUGUUGACAAUAGUGAUGAAACGCAACCCCGGUGUAGGAUAACUAGUACAAAAAAUCCAACGGCAACACCCAGGCCACAAUGCAGAGCAAAUCAGUUUUCAUGUGACAACGGAGAGUGCAUUUCUACCAUCGAUGUAUGCGACGGAACUUCAAACUGCGCGGACGGUUCUGACGAAGUGCCUAAAAGAUGCAAAUCAUUACCCUGUCCUGCAACAGCUUUCCGUUGCGCUUACGGAGCUUGUAUCGACGGUGACCUACGAUGUAACGGAGUGAACAAUUGCGCCGAUGGAUCGGACGAGAGUCGAUCAUUAUGCUCUGAAUGGCCAGCGUCGCUACCGAUUACUACUAGCACUACAUUAAGACCGAUAUCGAGACCAACUUCAUCACGACCACGUCCCCCUGUGUCGCCUAGCUCGAGAACUUGCAGAGCACCUCCACAACCAGAAAAUGGUCACUGGCAAUUACAUCGAUCGCAAUGUUCAAACGGAGAAGAUUGUGACGUUCAGGAAGGAACGGAAUUACAAUUGGGAUCUCAUCUCAUUUAUUCUUGCAAUUCGGGAUAUAGAUUAAAUGGUUCCAGUGAUGUGAGUUGCAGCAUUGAAGGAAGAUGGCUUAAUAUACCAGUUUGUUCAGCAAUACGGUGCAAACCUUUGAGCACUGCAUCAACUGAAGCUACAUGUACAUACAACAAUGAAUGGGUAUCAUGCGAGUCUCCGGUUUCACCAAACACAAAGGCGACAUUGUCAUGUCGGAACAGCUAUCGACGUGAAAAUACUUUACUUUCAAGAAACGAAGUGAGAUGUAAUGCUAACGGUCAAUGGGAACCGCAGCCUACACGAUGUGUUCCAGUAUGCGGCACACUACCUGCUAAUGUUACACCGCUCAUUGUUGACGGUGAAACGCCCAAUAUCACAGAGUUUCCGUGGCACGCUACAAUGUAUCGCGAACAAUCAAACAAAUCAAAGAAAUAUUUCUGUGGAGCAACCAUUAUUCAAGAGAGUCUCUUGAUAACAGCAGCUCACUGCGUAUACGACGACCCCAAUAAGCGAGUGAUUGAUGCUAACAAGAUUUAUAUAGCAACCGGAAAUAUCUUUCGUGAUUACGACUCACCCUUUCAUGAUCAACGCCUCGUUAAAAAGAACAAGGUGAAAAAAAUUCAUAUUAUAUGUAAUUAUCUAGGACUUACGGGAAAUUAUGUCUCGGAUAUUGCGUUAUUAGAGCUCGUUCAGCCAUUCGUAUUGUCGACUUGGUUGGUUCCUGCAUGCUUAGAUCCUAACAGCGAUCAAACUAUACUAGAGCCAGGUAUUUAUGGAAAAGUAGCGGGAUUUGGAAGAACCGCAGUAGGUGAAUCCAGCGCAUUAUUGCAAGCAUUGAGAGUGCCAUAUAUUUCGUAUAGUCAGUGCGAAUCUGCGAGCCAAAACCCCGAUACAGGACAAUUUAUUACUAUUGACAAGUUUUGUGCAGGUUAUUUAAAUGGUUCUUCCGUUUGUGAUGGCGACAGUGGUGGUGGAUUCGUCGUUAAAACUAAUGGUUUAUGGUAUCUCCGAGGUAUUGUUAGCGUUUCACUCGGCACGAUAUAUAGAGACGGAGUUCCUCGUUGCGACAACAACCUGUAUUCCCUAUAUACACGAGUAUUUAGCCAUAUAGGAUGGAUACAAGAUGUAAUUGCAAGAUUAGAACAAAAUCGGCCAUAUCCAUCAUGUCCGAAUAAGUCUUGAAUAUUAUAGAUUUCCAAGUUGACUGUCAAUUAAAUCGCAUAAUCUAUCAAUUGUUACACAUAAUCAUGAAAUUAAAAAAAAAUAUAUUAUUUUUGUGCCAUAUAUGUGUACACUGUUGGUAAUUAUCUGUAUUUUUUGUUGAAUGAAAUUAUUGAAGACUU